GAGGAGCCUGUGCCUGUCCUUUUACUUUCAGGCUCCAUGUAAUUAGCAUGAGGCUGUUAGUCACUUACUGGUGUUACCCUCGGGGGCUCGACCAUGAAAUCCCCCCAUUCAGCCUCCCCACGGACCCGAGGAACUUUUAAGGCAGGGGCUUGAUCUUCCUGCUUCCUUCCCCUCCCCCCGCCCCCCACUCUACCCCGGGUUCAUUAAUAAUCAUCAGCAUCAGUGUUACUAGCCGGUGUGACCUGCGCCGGGCAUGUGAAGCCCCCCCCUCCCCCCAGCUGCACCAUGCGAGCAACGUGCACUUUGCUGCUGCGCCAACUUAGCCUCCUGCUGCUGCUGCGGGAGCCCGCUGCGGGAUCGGGCCCCUUCGCCUCCUCCAGCGACCCCACUGCUCGGACCCAGCUCAGCGGAGCCACCACGCCGGCCGCGGGGCCGCAGGGUUCUUCCAGCCGGGGCGUCUCGGCCGCUGCGGCGGCGGCGGCGGCGGCUGCUUCCCGGCUGCCUCCCUGGGAGAGGGAGAGCUCCGUGCCCUGGGCGCCGCCAGUGUCCGGCAGCACCUCGGAGCCGGCCGCGGGAGGACACACCAGCAGCCCGGUCAUUGGAAGCGGCUAUCAGACACUUAGAAGUUCAGAUAUUGAAAUGAGGACUUCCAGUUCUCCUAUGGACAAUAUGGAGACACUGACUACAUUCUCCAUAAGUGGAGAGAGGACGUUGCUGUCUAUAACAAACAGUGCCAUGUCUACAACUGCAACAGAAAGCACCACCUCUUAUACAGAAAUGAUCAGAUCUUCAGAUUUAACCCAGCACUCCUCUUCAGUAGAGCAGAACAGAAGAAAUAGCUCCUCAAGUGAGAUGUAUUUCACUGAGCCUGGAACGGAGCCUUUGACUGCACAUUCUUCUGAGAUACCAACCUAUUCAUCUUCACAAAGUGAUCCUCCAGCCAUUGGAAGCAGCCACAAGACAGCUAGCAUCUGGGAUAUGGAAAAAAAGACUCCUAGUUCUCAUACUGAUAGUUUGUACAUUUCACCUACAUUCAGCAGAGGUGGGGAGAGGACAAUACAGUUGCUAACAAACAGCAUCACUUCGACUAAUUCACUAAAAAGCGCCACUUCUCAUUCAGAAAUUGCCAUGUCUUCAAAUCUAUCCCACUCCUCAGCUUCUAUAUCACGGUCUGGAGGAAGUAAUAGAUCGUCAACUAUCGCUGAUCUCCCUGAGUCUUCAACAGGGCCUUUACUUAUACAUUCGCCUUUAAAGAGUGGUCUCCCAGCCAUUGAAGGUAGCCAUCAGCCAGUUAGCGUCUCAGAGAAAAAUAUUGCCAGUUCUCACAUUGCCAGUACAUACAUUUCAGCUACAUCCACCAGAGCUGGAGAGGGGAUGUUACAAUCUCUAAUAAACAGCAGCAGAUCUUCUAAUGCAAAAGGAAGCUCUACUUCUGGUACUGAAAUGUCCAGCUCUUUGUAUUUAACCCAGUCGUCAUCUAUAUCUUCUAUAGCACUGACCAGUGGAAUUAAUAUCUCAUUGGCUGCCACAGAUUUCACAGAGCCUUCAACAGAUCCUUUGCUUACACCGUCUCAUUCUGCUUCAGAAACUGCUUCCAAAGCCAUUGGAAGUAGCCACCAACCAAUUAACAUCUCAGCUACAGAAAAAAGGACUUCUGAUUUGCAUACCACCAGUACAUACAUUUCAACAUCAUUCACCAGAGGUGGAGAGAGGACGUUAAGGUCUCUAAUGAACAGCAGCACAUUACCUGAUGUAGCAGACAGCUCCACGUCUGACUUAGAAAAUACCAAGUCUUCAGAUUUACUGCAGCCCUCGUCUCCUGGAGCACAGGCUGGAGGAAGUAAUAUCUCAUCCAGUGACUUCACUGAGCCUUCCACAGAGUCUUUGCUUACACAUUCUUCCAAGAUCCCAAGUUAUUCGUCUUCCCCAAAUGAUUUUGCAGCCAUAGUACGUAGCAACCAAGCAAUUAGCAGCUCAGCUACAGAAAAAAGAACUUCAGUUUUACAUACCACCACUCCAUAUAUUUCAACAACAUUGAUCAAAGGUGGUGAGAGGACAUUAAGAUCCCUAACAAACGGCAACGUAUCACCUGAUGCAGCAGAAAGUUCCACUUCUAAUUCAGAAAAUACGAAGUUUUCUGAUUUAACCCAGGCUUCAACCGCUGUAGCACAGGCUGGAGGAAGUAAUACCUUAUCAACUGACUUCACUGACCCUUCAACAGAGGCGUUGCUUACACAUUCUUCCAAGAGCUCAAGUUAUUUGUCUUCACCAGAUGAUCUUGCAGCUAUUGGAAGUAGUCACCAACCGAUUAACAUCUCAGCUACAGAAACAAGGACUUCUAAUGUGCAUACUUCCAGUACCUAUAUUUCAAUGACAUUCACCGCAGGCUCAGAGAGGACCUUAACGUCUCUAACAAACAGCAGCAGCACAUUGCCUGAUGCAGCAGAAAGCUCCACUUCUAACUUAGGAAAUAUCAACUCUUCAGAUUUACCCGAGCCCUCAUCUGCUGUAGCCCAGGCUGGAGGAAAUAAUAUCUCAUCAAGUGAUUUCACUGAGCCUUCCACAGAGCCUUUGCUUACAUAUUCUUCCAAGAUCCCAAGUUAUUCAUCUUCCCCAAAUGAUCUUGCAGCUAUUGGAAGUAGCCACCAACCGAUUAACAUCUCAGCUACAGAAACAAGGACUUCUGAUGUGCAUACUUCCAGUACCUAUAUUUCAAUGACAUUCACCUCAGGCUCAGAGAGGACCUUAACGUCUCUAACAAACAGCAGCACAUUGCCUGAUGCAGCAGAAAGCUCCACAUCUAACUUAGGAAAUAUCAACUCUUCAGAUUUACCCGAGCCCUCAUCUGCUGUAGCACAGGCUGGAGGAAAUAAUAUCUCAUCAAGUGAUUUCACUGAGCCUUCCACGGAGCCUUUGCUUACACAUUCUUCCAAGAUCCCAAGUUAUUCGUCUUCCCCAAAUGAUCUUGCAGGUAUUGGAAGUAGCCACCAACCAAUUAGCAUCUCAGCUACAGAAACAAGGACGUCUGAUGCGCAUACUUCCAGUACCUAUAUUUCAACGACAUCCAUCAGAGGUGAAAAGAGGACAUUAAGGUCUCUAACCUACAGCAGCACCUUGCCUGAUGUGGCAGACAGCUCCACUUCUUACUUAGAAAAUACCAAAUCUUCAGAUUUACCGCAGCCCUCGUCUGCUGUAGCCCAGGCUGGAGGAAAUAAUAUCUCAUCAAGUGAUUUCACUGAGCCUUCCACGGAGCCUUUGCUUACACAUUCUUCCAAGAUCCCAAGUUAUUCAUCUUCCCCAAAUGAUCUUGCAGGUAUUGGAAGUAGCCACCAACCAAUUAGCAUCUCAGCUACAGAAACAAGGACGUCUGAUGCGCAUACUUCCAGUACCUAUAUUUCAACGACAUCCAUCAGAGGUGAAAAGAGGACAUUAAGGUCUCUAACCUACAGCAGCACCUUGCCUGAUGUGGCAGACAGCUCCACUUCUUACUUAGAAAAUACCAAAUCUUCAGAUUUACCGCAGCCCUCGUCUGCUGUAGCCCAGGCUGGAGGAAAUAAUAUCUCAUCAAGUGAUUUCACUGAGCCUUCCACGGAGCCUUUGCUUACACAUUCUUCCAAGAUCCCAAGUUAUUCAUCUUCCCCAAAUGAUCUUGCAGGUAUUGGAAGUAGCCACCAACCAAUUAGCAUCUCAGCUACAGAAACAAGGACGUCUGAUGCGCAUACUUCCAGUACCUAUAUUUCAACGACAUCCAUCAGAGGUGAAAAGAGGACAUUAGGGUCUCUAACCUACAGCAGCACCUUGCCUGAUGUGGCAGACAGCUCCACUUCUUACUUAGAAAAUACCAAAUCUUCAGAUUUACCGCAGCCCUCGUCUGCUGUAGCCCAGGCUGGAGGAAAUAAUAUCUCAUCAAGUGAUUUCACUGAGCCUUCCACGGAGCCUUUGCUUACACAUUCUUCCAAGAUCCCAAGUUAUUCAUCUUCCCCAAAUGAUCUUGCAGGUAUUGGAAGUAGCCACCAACCAAUUAGCAUCUCAGCUACAGAAACAAGGACUUCUGAUGCGCAUACUUCCAGUACCUAUAUUUCAACGACAUCCAUCAGAGGUGAAAAGAGGACAUUAGGGUCUCUAACCUACAGCAGCACCUUGCCUGAUGUGGCAGACAGCUCCACUUCUUACUUAGAAAAUACCAAAUCUUCAGAUUUACCGCAGCCCUCGUCUGCUGUAGCCCAGGCUGGAGGAAAUAAUAUCUCAUCAAGUGAUUUCACUGAGCCUUCCACGGAGCCUUUGCUUACACAUUCUUCCAAGAUCCCAAGUUAUUCGUCUUCCCCAAAUGAUCUUGCAGGUAUUGGAAGUAGCCACCAACCAAUUAGCAUCUCAGCUACAGAAACAAGGACGUCUGAUGCGCAUACUUCCAGUACCUAUAUUUCAACGACAUCCAUUAGAGGUGAAAAGAGGACAUUAAGGUCUCUAACCUACAGCAGCACCUUGCCUGAUGUGGCAGACAGCUCCACUUCUUACUUAGAAAAUACCAAAUCUUCAGAUUUGCUGCAGCCCUCGUCUGCUGUAGCCCAGGCUGGAGGAAAUAAUAUCUCAUCAGGUGACUUCAUUGAGCCUUCCACAGAGUCUUUGCUUACACAUUCUUCCAAGAUCCCAAGUUAUUCGUCUUCCCCAAAUGAUCUUGCAGGUAUUGGAAGUAGCCACCAACCAAUUAGCAUCUUAUCUACAGAAACAAGGACUUCUGAUUUGCAUACUUCCAGUACCUAUAUUUCAACGACAUCCAUCAGAGGUGAAAAGAGGACAUUAAGGUCUCUAACCUACAGCAGCACCUUGCCUGAUGUGGCAGACAGCUCCACUUCUUACUUAGAAAAUUCCAAGUCUUCAGAUUUACCCGAGCCCUCAUCUUCUGUAGCCCAGGCUGGAGGAAGUAAUAUCUCAUCAAGUGACUUCACUGAGCCUUCCACAGAGCCUUUGCGUACACAUUCUUCCAAGAUCCCAAGUUAUUCAUCUUCACCAAAUGAUCUUGCAGCUGUGGAAAGUAGCCACCAACCAAUUAGCGUCUCAGCUACAGAGAAAAGGACUUCUGAUUUGCAUACCACCAGUACUUACAUUUCAGCAACAUUCACCAGAGGAGGAGAGAAGACGUUCAGGUCCCUAACAAACAGCAGCACAUCACCUGAUGCAGCAGAAAGCUCUACUUCUAUCUUAGAAAAUACUGAGUCUUCAGAUUUACCCCAGCCCUCAUCUUCUGUAGCAGAGACUGGAGGAAGUAAUAUCUCAUCAAGUGACUUCACUGAGCCUUCGACAGAGCCUUUGCUUACACAUUCUUCCAAGAUCCCAACUCAUUCGUCGUCAUCAAAUGAUCUUGCUGGAGUUGGAAGUAGCCAUCAAUCAGUUACAAUUUCAGAUAGAGAAAAAGGGAUUUCCAGUUCUCCUACUCACAGUACGUACGUGUCAACAACAUUCACCAGAGGUGGGGAGAGGACAUCCCAAUCUCAAACUCACAGCAGCACAUCGACUGCGGCAACAGAAAUCUCCACUCAUAAUAUAGACGCAGCCAAGUCUUCAGAUUCAACCCAGUUCUUAUCUUCUGUAUCACAGGCUGGAGGUUUCAAUAUCUCAUCAAGUGAUGCCAGUUUCACGGAGCUUUCCACCGAGUCUUUGCUUACACAUUCUUCCAAGAGCUCAACGUUGACUUUACCAAAUGAUACACCCACCGUUGGAAGUAACCAUCAGUCUCUUAGCAGCUCAAAAACAGAAAAAAAGAUUUCCAGUCCUUAUACUGACCGUAUGUACAGUUCAGCUACGUUAACUGGAGGUGGAGAGAGGACGUCACAAUCUCUGACAAAUAGCACAUCUGCCCAUACAACAGAGAGCUCCACUUCAUAUACAGAAAUUGCCAAUUCCUCAGAAUUAAUUCAGUCACCUUCAAUGGCACAGACUAGAGGGACAAGUAUCUCAGCAAAUGAUAUGGGUUUCACCGGAUCUUCAACUGAGACUUUCUUUAUUCGUUCUUCCAAGAUACCAACUUACUCUUCUUUCCAAAAUGAUCCUUCAAGCAUUGCAAGUAGCCAUCAACCAGUUAGCAGCAUCGACACUGAGAAAAGGACCUCUGUUUCUCGCACUGACAGCAUGUACAUUCCAACCACAUUCAGUAGAGGUGGAGACAGGACAUUACUGUCUAUAUCAAAUAACAGCACCUCUGCCGAAUCAUCAGAAAGUUCCACUUUUUAUGCAGAAAUUUCCAACUCUUCAGAUUUAGCACAAUCCUCAUCUUUUAUGGCUCAGAGCAGAGGAAGUAACAUGGCAUCAAGUGAUGGGGAUUUAAUUGCUCCAUCUACGGAGCCUUUGCUUGUACAUUCUUCCAAAAUGCCAACUUACUCUUCUACAGUCAAUCUACAAAAUGCAACUCUGUUUUUCACUGGCACUGAAUCGUCACUAACUGGCAGCUCAUCAUUAUCUUCACCAGUAUUUCCAUCCUCUUCCUCGGAGUCAUCAGUACAUCACUUGCUUUCAUCAACGCCAUCGCCACCUCAUUCAUUUGCAUCAUCAGAGUCAUCUCUACCAUCCUCUUCAUCAGUGAUACCAUCAUUGUCACUCCCACCACCAUCUUUGCCGUCAUCUUUAUCCACCUCCUCAUCAGUUGCAUCAUUUCCUUUAUUACCUUCAUUUUCUUCAUCAUCUUUACCAUCACAGGCUGGUGACAGUUUUCAAACCAGUGGGUCCAUGAUUACAUCGGGAGGGACAGACAGAAUGGAGCCAUCGACUGCUGUGUUCUAUGGGAGUACACCCAGACAGUACAGCAAUCACAGCAGACCACACCAGUUGAAAGAGAGCACUACUUUCAAAACCAAAGGACCACUUCCUCUUCAGACUGAACCUAUGGAACAGCUCAGCAGUAGCUCUUCAUCCACAUCAGCUUCCACACUUGCAACAGAGAGCUCCACAGGAGGAACCUUCACUUCCAGUGGGGACCAUUUUGAAAAGACAACUUUGCUUCUGACAACAGCUGCUCCAAGUCUGAGCAAGGAUACCCAGCACACUGAGAUGACAAAAGCAUCGACCAGUAUCUUGCCAAAUAUGACAAGUCAAAGGGAUGUGUUCCCCGCAGCAGAAUUAACAACAGGGAAAACUGUUACAUUGUCAACAGACAUGACUUUUGGGCCACCACGUUCUGUGCCAACUACAGAUCAUUCUCUUACUACGAAAACUCGCAGAGUUAAAACUGCUGUUGCCACGACACUGGCCUACAUAACUGGAGUAACUACAAAAACAAUGGAAACUAGCACUGCAACUAGCAUUAAAAUCACUGAAGAAAAUAUCCCAGCUACACAUCCUUCCAAAACAUCUUCCCCUAGCAAAACCACUGUAGGGUUUUCCACCACUUCGGCAGCAGCUACCAAACCAACUACUAUUGCUCUGUUAAGUCGCACGAGGGCAUUAGUAACUUCUUCUCAUACAACAGUCAAUAUCUGCUCCACAAACCCUUGUCUGCAUGAUGGAAGAUGCGUUAUUAAUGGUGUUAUGGGCAAAUAUCAGUGCAAGUGUUCACCAGCCUGGCAAGGAGAAGACUGCAGGGAAGAUGUGGAUGAAUGUCUUUCUAAUCCAUGCCCAGCUCUGGCCACAUGUAAUAAUACUCACGGCUCCUAUGUCUGCAGAUGUCCUCUUGGAUACCAGCUAGAAAAAGGAAAAUGCAAUUUAGUAAGAACAUUUGUUGGUCAAGUUGCACUGAAACUGAACACUACUCAUGGGAUGUAUUCUGAGCUCCAUCGAAUUGAAGAUGAAAUAAUAACAAUACUGAACGUGUCUCUCUCAGCGUUACCUGGCUAUUACAACUCAGUAGUUAAAGCUGCAAGGGAGUCCAAUUCUGUCCGAGUUUCAGUCCAAACCACCUUUUCUUUAGCAUCCAACGUGACGCUCCGUGACAUUGUUAACAGUGUACAAAGCUACAUUAGUGCUUGCAAAACUCCUGCUGAAGCCUGCCAGUUCAUCUCCAAGUAUACGCUGCUCCCCAGAGUUGGUGGAUUGUGUAAACAGAAGGACCCUGAAUGUGACAGAGAGACUUCGGAAUGCACCGACUGGGAUGGCAUUGCAGUCUGCCAGUGCAAGAGUGGAUACUUUAAAUACAACAAGAUGGAUCAUUCCUGCAGAGCUUGCGAAGAUGGAUAUAGGCUUGAAAAUGAGAUGUGUGUGAGGUGCCCGUUCGGCUUAGGGGGAUUGAACUGUAGAAACCCGUAUCAGCUAAUCACCGUGGUGAUUGCAGCUGCGGGAGGGGGACUUCUGCUUAUCCUGGGGAUAGCACUGAUCAUCACUUGCUGCCGGAAGAAUAAGAAUGACAUAAGUAAACUCAUCUUCAAGAGUGGGGAUUUCCAAAUGUCGCCAUAUGCCGAGUACCCCAAGAAUCCUCGAGCACAGGAGUGGGGCAGAGAGACCAUAGAAAUGCAAGAAAACGGAAGCACUAAAAACCUGCUGCAGAUGACGGAUGUAUAUUAUUCGGUAUCUAUUCCUGGGUUCCAUCUAUACUGUCUCUUUUGUCUGAUGGUCCAGAGAUAUUAUAUCCUUUGCUACGUGAGAUGUGGACGCAUGGCAUGCAACUGGCCUAAGAAACGCUGAACUGGAAAGAAAUGGACUUUAUCCUCCUUACACUGGUUUACCUGGAUCCCGACAUUCAUGCAUCUACCCUGGACAAUAUAACCCAUCCUUUAUUAGUGACGAAACCAGACGAAGAGACUAUUUUUAACAUAAUUGUGUGGGAGUGGAAGAUCAACAUAGAUACGUGUCCUUGUUUACCAGGUACACUCUGUCACAUGACAGUUCAGCCGAUAUCAGUCUUAAUCUUCACAUACAGGAAAGACUUUGAACUCAAAAGAACACGGAGCAUUGCUGCCUUGAAAAUGCAUUUGUAGUUGUUGAGUAGCGAAGACGGAGGGGAAGAAUGAGCCAAUAUGCAAAUCUGUAAAAGACCCAGGUGGAAGUAUAAGGAAGCUUAACGUGCGUGCUCCACUUUUAUGUUCGCCAUUGACGUCACAUAACAUGAAUUUGUUAAUAGAUCAGUACAGACAAAUUGUUGCCCAUACUCUAAAAUUGAUACCACUAGGGAGUGUUUUGUUUACAGAUAUUGUAAAAUUACAGAUAUUGAUCUGACUACUGUGUGUUUCCUCUUGGCCAACUUUUAUGCAAAGAUACACUGUGUGCUCUUUUUGGGUAGGAAGUGUAUGUUCAUUUCAGACCCUUCUCUGCCUUUCCCUGGUUUGAUCUGCUUCCUAUGCAACAAGGGAGCUGGGGUGCCCACUAAAUAUUAUUUGUCUUUAUUGGUGUGUCAUUCUGUCAAAUGUCUCAGCGCUUAACUAAGCACUGCAUCUGGCAAUGAUGGCUGAAUUCAUAGGUUGACAUUUUCAAAGGAGUAUGGGGGAUUUAGCCACACUGUCUUAAUUUUAGUGGGAAAAGGUAUAGCUAAUCCCUUGCACUGCUUUGAAAAUCUCCUUUGUGUUUGGAAAUGUCUGCACGUGACAGUGUAUUGUCCACUGAUCUGCAAUGUUGUUCAAAGCUUGUAUUAUUAUAUUGUGGUAAGUCACCAUAGCAACCUCCAGCAGGGAUUUAAAUGCUUUUUAAAAGCAGCAAGAUCAGAUAAAGUAUUCAUUAAUGGAGCAAUAAAUUACAACAUAGAAUUGUUGAGGUAGAUCGCAUUGCUUUGCAGAAAAUGUGUGUAGCCAUAAUGAACUUCAGGGAGAAAGUGGGCGAGAACAGAAGUAUUAUAGCCCUGGUUGGAUUUAUGUACCAUGAAUUUUAGACUUUGCAUUGGAUCCAGACAGCCACAGCUCCCAUGAUUUCAAUGGGCAUUGCAGAGCUACUCAGCACAUCAGAAAAUCAGGCCUGUUGUGGCCAGAUGCAUUUGACGGUGGGAGCAGCACAAGGCUUUGGAUCACAAAAAAACUGUUAAGGACUUCCAUCUGUCUUCUCUGUGUCAGUCCUAUUAGCUGGCAAUUCGCACUGGAUUGACAGUUAGUCACUGCAAAUGGAGCUGGUCGGGAAUUUGUGACAUUUUGACCCAAAAAAUUCAACAUUUUUACUAAAAAGCAUUUUUUACAAGCUUAUUGUAUAGUCUGUGAUUCUAGAAAAUUUGAAUGAUCAACAACAAAUUUGCCUGAAAAACUACAAAAUAUUUGUUAUGAAGGUCUUUCUGCAUUUUUCAAUAGGGUCUAAACUUCACAAUUGUUUCAUUCUUGAAAAACUCUGAACUUGUUUCUCCCAUCCUGUUUGGUAAUACUAUGUAGCUUCCCUGAACAUACGUAUUUUUGAAGAUAUCGCAUUUGGCUGUUGUAAAAAUGUCUGUUGAUCGUUGAUGAAGAAGCUCCAAAUUGAUAAUUUAUUACAUUCCUAACUAAGGGUCUGAUCCAAAGCUCUCUGACUUCACUCUGUGCAGGGUUGGGUGCUUGGUGAAGAUCACGUUAAUCAAAUACUCUUAGAUUUUGUCUUCACUGCAAAGUGAACUCAAAUUAUAACUCAAGUUGGCCCUAGCUCAAUGCCCUUCCACACACACAAAUCCUUAACUCGAGUUAACUGAUCUGAGGUGGGGUAUAAACUAAACUCAAAUCCGCUAUUAACAUAAUCUCUUUGCAGUGUGGAUGCAGGCUAGUUCCACUCUAGUGCCACUAAUCUUACAGUGCUUUCCCACAAUUCCUCCUGCGUUCUCAGAAAAGGCUGACAAGUUCUCCCACAAUACAUGGGAAAGAAUUUAUAGAGUGGCUUUGCUUACUGCAGCGCUUAACAAUGAAACGUGCCCUUAGAAUUCUUAGUGCCACAUAUGAAUGAGUACAGCAUGAGUGUGGAUGCAGGAACUUGAGUGCUAUAUGCCAGAGUGGCUGCUCUCACUCUGGCUAGGCUAAAUCUAGAGCAGUAACUGCAGUGAAGGUCACAUGAGUUAACUCUAUAGUGAAGACAGACCCUCAAUUAACUGACACUUAAUAGUGUUUAAGAGUCCUGUGGCACCUUAUAUAAGGUGCCACAGGACUCUUUGCCGCUUUUACAGAUCCAGACUAACACGGCUGCCCCUCUGAUACUUAAUACUGUUUGUUUACCAUAGAGCCUGUGAUCCUAAAGAGUCUUGCCCAGCACUCAGCAAGUUGUUGUGUCCCAUCUCAAGUGUGAACAGACACACAAGUAAGAUUCAGUACUAGGCAUUAGUUCUUCUUUGAGUGCAGUGUCCCUGUGGGUGCUCUACUUCAGGUGUGCUUAAGCCAUUGAUUGGAGAUUUUUGGUAGCAGCAUCUGCUUGGUCCGCAUAUGUACCCCACACUCCUCCUGUCCCACACAGAAACUAUAUGAGGCCGUGCAGACGAACCACCCUCAGUUCCUUCUCAAGCACCUGCGGCCUGAGACAGAGUCUACAAUUGUGCCUGUUCUCUACUUGUAUUCAGAAUUUAGUUUGUUGGUUAAUAGGUAGUGUUUGUAGUUGUUGGAACAGCUCUUUCUUUCUUUCUUUCUUUCUUUCUUUCUUUCUUUCUUUCUUUCUUUCUUUCUUUCUUUCUUUCUUUCUUUCUUUCUUUCUUUCUUUCUUUCAACAAAAAAGUUUAAAAUAUUAUUUAAAACAUUUUUGUUCAUAUAUAUAGUUAGUGUUGAGUCCCGUUCCCCCCUUCAGUAGGGAUCAAUUUGUUAUUAAUUUUCUUGGGAUUGUUAGGCUUCCUGGGAUUUAAAAAGUAUUUCUCUUGUCAUGAGGCUAUUCUAGUCAUCAACUGGAUUACCUGUUGGAAUUGAAAACAUUGGGUCUUUCUAUGAACUGCAUUAGGCUAUAACUUAGCAGUAAUAACAGCCUUUCACAUACCCAUAAGGGGUUUUUCGCUCUUUGCUCAUCCAGCCAUGGUAAGAUUCCUAAGAGGUUUGUCGAAUCUCUACCCACAAAUCAGAGACUCUACUCCUAGCUGGGACCUGAACCUAGUCCUGUAUUGCCUUAUGAAGUACCCCUUUGAACCACUAGGUACUUGUUCUUUAUUAGAUCGAUCAGUGAAGACAUUCUUCUUGAUAGCUAUAACUUCUGCCCAAACGGUCAGAGAAUUGGGGGUUUUAAUGGUGGACCAUCCCCCCCUACCCCACCCCAGUUAUGGUAUUCUUUACAGAGAAAGUAUCUCUGUGGGCCCAUCCCAGAUUUUUACCUAAAAUGUCCUCAGAAUUUCUUAUUAAUCAAACCAUCAAUCGCCUGGUUUGUUUGUUUUCCCCCAGCACCACAUUGGACUAGUCAAGAAGCCAUGUUGCAUACUCUAGAUGUUGGGAAAGCAUUAGCUUUUUAUUUAGAUAGGACCAAACCUUUUAGAAGGUCUCCUAGACUAUUUGUGUCCAUUGCAGACAGAAACAAGUGUUCGGUUAUUUCAAAACAGAAGUUAUCAAAGUGAAUCUCUGAUGUAUUACAGUCUAUUAUGACAAAACUCAGAUUCAGCCCCCUUCAAGAGUGAUGGUACAUUCCACUAGAGUACUUUCUCCUUCUACAGUCUGGCUUAAGGAUGUGUCAAUUGUAGACAUCUGUGGAGCGCGACAUGACCCUCGGCACCUACCUUUUCUAAUCACUGUGCCUUGGUGUCUGCUGCAAGAUCAGAGGUGGCUGUAGGCGAUGCAGUUCUCUCUUCUGUAUUGGACCCUGGUCCAAACCUCUCACUUUCUUAGGGGUGUACUGCUCUGACAUCCCCUGAAGUGGCGCACCCACAGGGACACUACUUGAGGAAGAAGGAGAGGUUACUCACCUUGUGCAGUAACUGUAGUUCUUCGACAUGUGUGUCCCUAUGGGUGCUCCACUACCCGCCCUCCUUCCCCUUGGCUUUGGAGUCUCCUUUGUGGGACUUGCGGUGGAGAAGGAACUGAGGGUGGUUCACCCAGCGGCCCCAUGUAGGCUUAGUGCCGGGGUACAAGGAUGUGUGGGGCACAUAUAUGGGCCGAAAGGGUGCUGCUAUCAAAAACCUCUGAUCAAAGGCGCAGGUGCAACUGAAGUGGAGCACCCACAGGAACAUACAUCUCAAAGAACUCCAGUUGCUGACCUAGGUGAGUAACCCCUCCUUCUCUGUACUUCAUGGCAGUAGGUUUCAGACCCCUGUUCAUGCCUUGUCCCUUGCUCUUGAGAUUGCGAGAUAAGAGAGGUGCGAGAUAAGAGAGGUGCGAGAUAAGAGAGGUGUGUAUCUGAGGAGACAUUUGCUGAAGUGUGAUCCGUAGUGUGUAAAUACAGCACUUAACUGCGCACUCUGCUUUUUAUGUUACUGCUGCAAGCAAUAGGCAGAAGUAACAAUGUGAUUGUGCACCAAUAUUCUCAGUGAUGCAGGGUCAGCAUCCCCUGUUCUUCCCACCCUGCUUAGGCUUUUGAUCUUGCCUUGAACUUCAUGCCUACCUUGUGCAGGCUCAAGGCCAGAGAUGGUAAUAUUUAACGUAUCUCAAGUCUGAACAAGCAGGCGGUGUGAUUCUUGCAUAAUCUGCUCCUGCCUAAGGAGCUCUACUUAAAGGAAAACUCUAGUGAUUAGUUAUAAUACACAAAACAGCUUAAUAGAUAAACGUAACUGGCUAGAAAGUAUUACAGCAGAAAAGGAGCUGAUGGUUAUAGUGGAUCACAAAUUAAACAUGAGCCAACAAUGUGUUGCAGUUGUAAAAAAGACAAAUAACAUUCUGGUAUAUGUUAACCACUCUGCUGUGCACUGAUGAGACCUCAUAUGGAGUACUGUGCCCAUUUCCGGGUGCCACACUUUAGGAAAGAUGUGGACAAAUGGAGGAGAGUCUGGAGGAGAGCAACAAAAAUGAUAAAAGGUUUAGAAAACCAGACCUAUAAGGAAAGGUUAAAAAACUGGGUAUGUUUAGUGUUGAGAAAAGAAGACUGAGGAGGGACCUGAUAACAGCAGUCAGAUAGGGCUGUUAUAAAGAAGACAGUGAUCAAUUGUUCUCCUUGUCCACUGAAGGUAGGACAAGAAAUAAUGGGCUUAGUCUGCAGCAAGGGAGAUUUAGGUUACAUGAUUGGAAAAACUGUCUAACUACAAGGAUAUUAGAGAGACAAAGUGGGUGAGGUAAUAUCUUUUGUUGGACCAACUUCUGUUGGUGAGAGAGACAAGCUUUCGAACCACACUGAGUUCUUUGGGUCUGGGAAAAGAUACUCCCAGCAUCAGAGCAAAAUGCAAGUGGAACAGAUUGUUUAGCAUAAGUAGUUAGUACAUAUGUUAAGGAACCAUUCAACGUAGAGUGGCCUGUUAACAAAAAGAGGGGUUAGUGGGUUACAAAUUAUUGUAAUAAACAAUAAAUCCAGUGUCUCACUUCAGUCCAUGUUUUUUAGGGUCUAGCAGAGUAAUGAAUAUAAGCUCCCCGGCUCAUCUUUUGAAAGUGUUGUGCAGGUUUCCUUUGAGGAUGAGGACUGAAAGGUCACGUUGCUUUGUGAAAAGUGUUCACCCACAGGUGACUGGGUGUUUUUGUCUUUUAUCAUUUUCCUGUGUGAAUUCAUUUGAGAGCGUAGUGGUUGCCUGGUUUCACCCACAUAGUUGUUGUUGGGGCAGUUAGUGCACUGGAUGAGGUACCAUCAUAUGUUGUGAUAGGCAUGUGUAGGAUCUGUGGAUUUUGAAAGGUGUGUUGUGAGGGUGUUGAUCAUUGUAACAGUGGAGGGAUAGGUAAGCACUGGAAUAGGUUACCAAGGGAGGCUGUGGAAUCCCUGCCACUGGCGGUGUUUAAGAACAGGUUCGACAAACACCUGUCAGGAAUGGUCUAGGUUUAGUUGGUUCUGCUCAUUGCAGAGGAUGGACUAGAGGACCUCUGAAGAUCCCUUCCAGUCCUACACAUCCAUGAUUUUAUGAUAAAGGAUCUAAACUUUCAAUAUAGCUGUUAGAAACCCCUGGCACUUUAAUCAGUAUUUCCAUUCAGUGAAUGGUGCUUUUGCCCCCCUCGCUGGGGGCUGCUGUCUUCGUGCUACAUCCCAUCAUAGGCUUAUCUGAUGAUACAAAUGAGGGACUUGAUCCUCCAGCCCUCACACAAGUAGCCUUUAGGCAUCUAAUCCUGCAAAGUUCUCAGUUCCUAAUGAUUCACUAAGAGUUAAGGAGGCCCAAUCGCUCACAGGAGUUGAGCUCUAUAUGAGCAGUCCCACUGAAGUUAGUGGGACUACCUGGGUGAGUAAGGGCUGCAGGACCAGUACCUAGAACUGAAAGGAUCACUCCAACUUUGGAUCACUAAACAGUCUAAUUGUUAACUUUCAGAGUAGCAGCUGUGUUAGUCUGUAUUUGCAAAAAGAAAAGGAGUACUUGUGGCACCUUAGAGACUAACAAAUUUAUUUGAGCAUAAGCUUUCGUGAGCUACAGCUUAUGCUCAAAUAAAUGUGUUAGUCUCUAAGGUGCCACAAGUACUCCUUUUCUAAUUGUUAACUUCAUUUUAAUGUCUUUGUUUCUAAACCCUCGUUUGGGUGCAUACCUGCAGCUUGUAAUCAUGUGAACAGUCCCAUUAAAAUCAGCGGGAUUACCUGAAUCAUAGAAAUGUAGGACUGCGAGAGACCUCAAGAGUGUUUCUCAAUGACCAGUCCAUGGACCAGCACUGUUCCCCAAGAUCUCUCUGACACACUGUAGGAAGGCAGCAAGCUAGUUCCUGGUAGCAAAAAGGUUGAGAAACAUUGAUUCUAGUCCAUGGGUAAUGGCUGCAGGAUUUUUCCAGAAAGAACUCUUAUCUUUAUUUUAUUGAACCUUUGUACAUAGCACAGCAGGUAGAGAUAAGAAAAUAUUUUUUUACACUAGCGUUUAUCCUUUAAAGACACCACAUGCUUUCAGACUGGUACCUAAAUGAACUCUUCGGCUCAUAGAGCUACUGUACGUUCUGUCUUGGUUGGAAAUGGAAACAUCGCUUUUUCUCACAGCAACAUUUAGGAAAAUUUGCAAUGGUUAUCUGCAGCCAGGGUGAAAUCUACCCUGUGUAAACAGUCAGCAUGCAACCUAUGCCUCAUACAAUUCCGACUUAAACUCUACUUAGAGAAUUUAAGUGGGACUUAGUGCAUAGGGCUGGUGGUGGCUCUCUGCACAAGGGUGAAUUUCACUUUUUGUGUGAAAUUCUUCAGAAUACCAGUGCUAUCAAAAAUGUCCCCCAUGAAGCAAGCCACUUCGAAGCCAGUCUUUCUGAUUGCUGAUCCCCUCAAACACAGUAUGCGGAGAAUAUAAUUUUCCAAUUUUUGCCACAUACCGACACAAUCCUAACUCUGCUAAUGCAGAGAAUGCUAGUUGGGUGCAAUGCACCUUAGUGUUUAGUGCUAUAAAUGCAACAGCUAGAGUCCGUCCUGAUCAUCACUACAUGUGACGUGGAUAUGAUACAUUUUUUUCAUUGUUCGCUUCAAUUAAAAACAAAACACUAAUCCUGUCUAUUUCUAUCUACCGCAUCUAUUUCUAUCUCGCUAUCACCUUGGUAUCUAAGCCCCAUAUACUAAUGGUACAUUGUUUGUUAUUCCUAUCUGUAGGUAUGGAAGUGUUCCAGAUGAUAAACCAUUCCUCCUCUUUACCCUCAGCCCCUAGGGCAAUGUUUUCAAACUUUGGCACCUUAUGUUAAGCUAAAUCCAUAGACACACAGCUAAAUCAAGGUAGCCUGGUUUUUCCAAUGGUUAUGUUUCCUAAUUUUAGGUACCGGAAAUUGAACAUUUAGGCCACUCUUAAUACUGCUUCCAUGUGUCACGGCCGCCAUUCUCCUGAGCAAGGAGGGAUGGAUAGAACUCCAUUCAGAGUAUUUCAGUAUUGCUGAUUAAAAGGCUACAAGUGAUUCAGCAAGAUGAGGUUUAUCCCAUCUCCAUUUAUGCAUCCACCAUAAAUUUAGCAUGUUGCGUCUGCAGGUCUCCUAGCCCCUGCUGGCAUGCAGAGCAAGAGACCAGGAGCAGGCAUCGAAGCUAGGUCAGCUUGCUUGGCCGAUCAUAGCAGAACCAGGCCAACAGGCAGCCUUGUACGUGGGGUGUUGAGUCACUUUUGAAAAAGUACCAACUUUGUUACUUGGUAGGAAAAGCUGUCUAUGUGGUUGGGGUUUUUUUAUGGUGACUUAUCAAUUGUUUUGACACUGCUGUGCCCGAGGGGCUUUUAUGGGCUGAAUGCCCCCAAUAGCCAGGUUCAGAGGGACAGCCAACUUGAGAUGAAUAGAACAGCAAAAUUUGGCCUGGCUAUUGGGGGCGUUCAAGACCCACCACUAAAUUUGAGGGGGGACUUGAUUGCUUUGUUGGUGUGAUUUGCUUCUACCCUCUGGUCUGCAGUAGAACGUGGCAAUGUGCGAACAGAACUUCAAAGCUUUAAACAGGGCCGUAACCAGAACAAAGAGCAGAACUGUCAAUGCAGUUUGCCCUGUGCCCCUUAAUACAUUAAGCAACACUGAGGCAAUUCAUCCUUGUUCUGUUGCCACAUUUCCUGUAAAGUUCUGACACCCCUGUCUAAUGCCAUCACACUCCACCCCUCCUAGCCCCGACAGGGCUCAGCACUGCAGGUGCAUUUGCCUGAGGUAUCAGGAGCAAAAUACAUUUAAAAAUCCUGUACUGAUGCAUCUAAAUAGGAACUUCUUCCCUUAUUAUAUGUAUUUCUCCUGCAGUAUUCCACCGGACUUUCCCCGAGCACUAUGAUCAAAUGUAGUGGGUUUGGCCAUUACUUUAGUACUUUAUAGGGAUUCCUUCCCAGCACUUGUCAGUUCCAGUCUCUUUUCCAAAUUUAUCUGGAUUCCUCAUUCCUUCUAGUCAAUGUUUAAUCUUCAGAUUUCUUCCUUAAAAUCAAAAGAAACAGAUACAUUUUACUUAAAUGUUCUUCUUUCUGUGCUAUUUGUGCUUCUUAGCAGACCCAGGACCUAAUCCAACUUCCAUUAAAGUCAAUGGGAACACACUCCCACUGAUUUUAAUGGGUGUUUGAUUCAAGCCUCAAUUCACGCCAACUUCAGGAUGAAUUGUGCUUCACUGCAUGCAUUACUUCAACUCUGGCCAUUUGUAUGAUUAUUUACCACCUUUAAUAUUGUGUUUAAUUUUAAAACGUGUACUUAAUAUUGUAGCAAACCCUGUAGUAUGUGAGCUUGUGCAUAUGUUAUUUUUCAAGAUCUGGAGCACCUUCUUAAAGAGAGAAUGAAUGAGAAUUUCGUACAUUGUUUUAGGUGGGGAAACCUUUAAUAAUUGAGCAACAUUUCUUCUAUACGAAGGCCUUCUAGGGCUAAAGAUGGUGUUUCCUGUAUUGAGAAACCACUGGCCAAUUUAAUCUCAAAUGCUCCAUUGGAAAUAAGAACACAGAGCAUGCCAAUGUUGAUGGGCUGUGUCUAAUAUACUGUGUGUGUCUUGUAAAGUUUCACAGAGCCAAAUAAAUCAUAUUUAUUUUUUCAUUGCCCUGAAUCCACAAAGGUCCAAUGCAGGACAAAGACCCAUAAUGAUGCGAGAAAAUGAGCCAAAACAAUAAGCCAAAAAGAAGAAAUAAAUGGCUCAGCCAGUUUAAUUAUUUGGCUUUUUUGUUGUAAAAACCUUGCUCCAAGUGGGGCAAUAAUUAUUUCAUGUGUGAUGCGUGGAAUUUGGGUUCAACCUGAGGGAUAUCCCUAAUGAUGAGGGAGACCUGAGAAGUAUUGGCCUGAUAUUCUUUUGAAGUAGUAAUUAAAUGGUGAGGUCCUGGAGUGCCUAUUCUGGCAAAACUCUAAUUGAAAUCAAUGGGAGCUUUGUUAAAGUAAUAAGUGAAGGGUGUGGCCCACAGGUCUGAAAACUACAACAGUGAGCUGUGGGAAAGUCCUAUGGAAUGUAACAGAAAAGGAUAACUUUUCUUGAACAAUCCUACAAAAUUUGAUAGAGAAUUGUAUCCCUGCUAUACAAUCAUGUAGAAUGGUUAAAGAAGAACUUACAAGAAGGAUAUCUUCCCUUAUUAACUUACAGGAAGGAUAUUCUCCCUUAUUAAAUGGUUUAGGUUUUUAGAGGAAAUUUUUAGAGGAAACCUAUUGGUUUCAUCCCUGUUAAAUUCUCUAGGACUUUUUCUUAAGACAAAGCAAACAUGAUACACGAAUCAUUACUACUGCUGGAGUAGUCUUCAGAAUUGCAUCAGUAAAGUUCACCUUCAGCAAAGUCUGUUGCAAAAGGCAAAGAUGUGACAUUUGUUUAUGUUUCUAUUAUUAAAAUGAAUGUACAGUCAGUAGACCUGCUUUAUGUCUUUUACAUUGUUCUGGAUUUCCCUUCUCAUAUCUCUGAAUGUUAGCUUCUGAGUAGUUUUUUAAUUAAUUUUCCAAACCAGUGUUAUUUAAAGUUGUAUCAUAUUUGCAACCUCCACUAAUUAUACAGCACUGUAGUAGCAAAGUAUAAUUUUUAAGGAUUGGAUUAUUUUUAUACCUGCAUCCAGUACAAUUAUGUCUGGCGUUCUAGUCAGCAUCAUAAAAGAAUACAAUAAAACUAUUAAUAUUAUGA